UUCUGAAUUACAUUUGUUCGGCAACUUGGACGAUCUGGAAAACUGCUAGAUCUUGCGGAGAAAUCUGUCACUGCCUUACUAUGAUUGCUCUGUUGAUGGUGCCACAGUUUCUCCUUUUGUCUGCGUAUCAUCCCUAUGCAAAAAUAAAUACGUGCAGCUUCGUGCAGGAGUGCAAUUGAACGUUCCAAGCUUGGGAGCUGGAUUGGGCAUACCGCCGCCACCCUCUAGCGCGGCGCCGACUGGCGGCAGCGGUCAUCGGUCCUCGGUUUCCAGUGGCGGCAGCGGAAGCACGAGCUUUUCUGGCGUGCAACUGCAGACGCCGGCAAACAUGCCGACUAUCGGCGCACCUGGGGGCUUCACCUUUUCUGCCACGUAAGGACCGGCUCCUCCGUGGUCUUUCUAGAGCAGCAACGCGCGGGCCGCUUUGGACGAAGAAAUUGUAUCAGUGUAGUGAAUUCCCAAAAUGGCUCUGUCGUCUUAGCUGUUGUCACACACAGCCAAAGUCCCAAUUCCACUAAAUCUAAAAGACAAGUCUACUAACAGCAGCUGCAAGUUGCGCAAGAAAAAGACAAUAGAGUUUUUGAAGAAAGAAAAUUUACAAAAAGUUGGCUGGUAGUACUACAUCGCUUCACAUCGUUUCCAUAAUGUGCGUUGUACUACGUGAAGUGAACAAACUGAAGAUUCUUGUAACGCUAUAUGCCAGAUCCAGAUCGCUCGUCCUAGUGAGCGUUUCUGGAUGUGGAUUCUAUCUUUUUCAUUUUCCUAACCAGAUGCGUAGGUAUAUCAAGGUUAGGAAGGAAGACGGCGAAGCUAGUAAGGCGCAACACGUGUUAUGGUUGCAUGACAUAAUCAUGGUCUGCUCUGUAUUGCGCUACUGUGCAUGCUGCACUUUUAUCUUCGUGAAACACUCUUUCGUCAAUGAUAUUUUCAACUUCCCUCGAGCUCUACGCCGCCUUUGAUAAGUGAGGUGAAGAUCAUCUGUCGUAUACGGUGACAUCUUCAAGGCGCUGCGAGGAGCAGCAACUAUCAAAGACGACCUCAAUCAGAAUUGGUGAUAGUUUUGUCUUUUCGCUCGUCGUGCACGAGCAAACAUUCACCAGGGGACCAUUUUAUUGGCCACCCCUUGUUGGUCAGGUCGUACACCUCGGGCUGGUCGUGGUCCAUCAUAAGCAUUCCCAAAAUGCAAAGCUACGAUGUACUUUAUGCACGUAUCUUGGAGGAGGUGUUGUAAAUCUGAUUUACAUUAUUUAACAUGUUCAAAAAAAGAUGUACCCGCUUGUUGUAUUGUAGCUGCAGCUCUAACGGAUGACGAGAAGAACAUGAUGCUGACCUCGUAGUAAGUAUCUUCAAUGCACACCGAAAACGAAAAGCAGAACCAAAUGAUGCGGACACGGAUGAGCCGCGGCCGUGGAAAAUCAAAUGUGCUGUCUUUGUCUGGCGGGGGACCGCCCUGUGCUUUCUGUAGCAAAAGCAUCUUCAGUGCCUGCAAUUAGGUGAGUGCAAGUGUUUCGCACGGCAUUAACGCAGACGGGUUGGUGUAAGAAACGCAAGGCAAGAACAGCAAUAAUGUACGUUGUAAUCGGUGAGGCAAAAAGAUCAAUGAGACGGAACUUUGAAGACAACAACGUGCGCCUGUAAAGUGAAAGACUGUAAGUCAGAACGUAAGGCAAAAAGUAGAAAUGCCACCAAUGCUACAACUUCAACU